AUGGAAGAGAUUCUAGCCAUCCAACCCAGCACUUUCCCGUUGAGAAAACUACCGUUUGUCGCAUUGAAACACGUGAUUCAUGUCAUGGAGAUUGAUGAAAUAUUGAAAACAGCAGUUACUUCAAAAUAUAUGGAAUGCGUUGUAAAAUCAUCAUGUAUUCGAGUUGAGAAAGCAGUUCUUCAUUUUGAUGAUAUGCGUGCCGCGAUAUUUUUAAAAAAUCCAAAUUUGACGGUGCUUUGUAGUGCGUUUAUUUCCGAAUCAUACAAGGGGGCAACUGUGAGAAAACAAGAUUUGAAGCCUUGGCUAUCCGAAACAUCGACAGUCCUCGAAACAACACUUCAAUUAUUCCUCCGAAUUCGCAAUUUAUUCCAAUGCGGAUCGUUCGAUCUUUACAUAUCGUUGACAAAAAAAGAUUCAAAGAUGCAAGAAAUAAUGGAAAUCCCUGAAUUUCGAAACUAUGAAAGAUUGUCUUUGGUUGGUCGAAAGUUCGAGAAGGACGAGUUGGAUUAUGUGAUGGAGUUUGGAAGAGAAGACCAAAAAUUGAGGAUAAUCAAAGGACAAAUUCCAGAGGACUAUUAUCAUCCGAAUCUCUUCAAGUAUACCGACGUCCAUUAUUGCGAUUCGCGGUGGAUUCGCCUUGAACAUCUUCUUUCAAUCAAAGAUAAUGGUAUAAUUAGACUGGAAAACAGCAAAUUAACUCAACCUGAAAUCAACACAUUUCUGAGACAUUGGGUGAAUUCGGAGCAUGAUAUGUUCAGACAGAUGGAAAUUGUCAUAGAGAAAGGAGAUCGAAUCCAUUUUAGUGUUAUGUUUCGUGGUUUGGUUGCUUUGUUGGGACAGCGAUUCGAGAGUGACUACGUUUUGAUGUAA